UACUAUAUAACUUCAUUGCCUGUCCAAAAAACUGCCACAACCCAGCGGCUCGAGCGCGGGGAGCGGAGCUGCCGCGGGACAGCGAGCACUUUAAACGAGUGACAGCGGGUGUGACCCCACCGGCAGCCACUCCCCGGCCACCUCCUGCACCGAUCCGGUGCCGCCCAUCGCGGGAGAGGCUGCGGGGCCGAGCGGACGGAGGGAGCACGGCGGGGACCAUGGACGUGCAGCGGGGGCUGCGCCUGCUGCGGGACGUGCCGGUGCUGCUGCUGGACCACAGCUCCUUGCUGUGCUCCUGGCUGCUGGCCACGGUGCUGUGGCUAUUGCUGGCCACGGCCGUGGUAUUGUGGCUGCUGCUGUGCGGGUGCUGCGUGGGCACGGAGCGGCUGUCUGGGCUGUUGGGACUAUCGGGACUAUCGGGGCUGUCGGGGCUGUCGGGGCUGUCAAUCCCAGUGCCGCUCAGGCAGGUGCUGGGCGUUGGCACCUGGCUGCUGAUGGACCCGGGCAAAGUGUGCCUGGCUGGAGCACGGAGCCUCUUUACACUGCUCGCCGCUGUUCUCAGGGUCAGGGAGCUGCUGCCCGCUUUCCUGACACACACGGCCAGUAGAGCCGCUGCCGUGGCCAUCCAGCUUUGGCCACACUGCCAGCUGGCCUUCCAGCUCCUCUGUUCUGCCGCUGUGGUCUUCAUCAGCAUCUACUUCCUGGUCUACAACCUCGCUAUUAUGUAUCAGGGCAGUGUCCAGAGCCCCGACUCACUGUUUGUCACCCUCUGGGACUCACUCACCAGUCUCAUUUUCAGGAUCACUGACCCGCUGGCAGCGUUCCCAGCACAUGUGUCCAGUGGUGCCAUUCCCAGAUCCAUGCUGCUCGGGUGGCCCUGCCACAUGGUCUUUGAGCUCCUCUGCUUCAUCACCAAGGUCUUCAUCAGCAUCGGCGUCCUGGUCAGCAGCCUGUUCGAGAGCCUGCUCAGCCUGUGUGAGAUGGGCAGUCAGUACCUCUCCCUGCUGCUGGCCAUCCUCUGGGACUUGCUGUCCAGUCUGAUUCUCGGGGUCACCAAUGUGCUGGUGAUGGUCCUGGCAUACCUGUUCAGGGCCUUGUUUAUCCUGCUAUGGUUGCCCUUCCACCUGGUCUUCCUGCUCCACUCCUUCACGGCACAGACCUUCACCAGUAUCUUCUACAUCGGUGUUUACAUCCUGGGGUCGCCCUUGCGCACUAUAUUUCUCAUUGUCCUUUUCAGAUUAAUUUACUACAAAAACGAGAUGCAGUGGGUGCUGCAGGGACUUGUGCUGAGCUCCUUCUUCUGGAAGCUGGUCCUGCUGGUCCUGCUGAUCCUGGCCGUGGCCACGCUGCCCCUGAGUGUGGCCAUGACCUUCCAGCCCUGGCGCAGGCUGGUGGACUGGAUCCGGCCAGUGACGAACUGGAUCCAGCAGGUAACAAACUGGAUCCGGCAGGUGACCAGAAGGAGCCAAGCAAGCAGGAUGAUGAAUCAGGGAAGGGACCAGCUGGAUGCAGGGCAGGUGCCACAGCCACCUGCUGGGCCAGGGCAGCAUCCCCAGACAGCCAGGGAGGAGCCAGGCACAUCCUGGUGGAGAGCCCCAAGGAAGCAGCAGCUGAACGCCGAGGGAACCCCCAACAAAGACCCCUGGGUGCUGCUGAAAGAGCAAGAGGAGCGUAAGAAAUGUGUCAUCUGCCAGGACCAGACCAAGACAGUGCUGCUGCUGCCCUGCAGGCACCUGUGCCUGUGCCAGGAGUGCACAGAGGUGCUGCUGCAGCAGGACAUCCACCAGCGCAACUGCCCCCUGUGCCGCCAGAGGAUCCUGCAGACCCUCAACGUCUACCUGUGAGCCCAUGGGGGGCUUGGGAUGUUUUCCCAGGAGAUCAGACCCUUGUCUGCACUUCCCAGAGCUGCCAGGAGCAGCUUCCAAAGAACUGUGGAUGGUGCUGGAAGGGCAGAACGCUGUGGGGUGUCUGCUGGUCACAUUUGCUGCCUAACUGGGUUGUAGCUCUUGUUAGCAAGCACAAUAUUGAUCUCUGCAAUGGGAUGGA